AUGCCCAUCGAUCCGGACGUCCCGUACGACGCUGUUAUCGAAAGCUUCGAACUCUACCACAUCUACCACUCCCCCAGCCGCGAUGGCCUUGAACUACAGUACGACACAGGCGGUGCAGACUGGAAUGCCGCUGUCCUGAAGGGGCCUGCGUUGCCGUCACUUGGCCAGGCUACGGCUGGUGCAGUGGGAGCUGCGGUGCCUACUAUCGUGAUGUAUCCGCUUAGUUUGAUUGUUACACGGUUGCAGUUGCAGAGGCAGUUGAGAGCGGAGAGGGAGAGGAGCAGGGGGGGAAAGGAGAGGGAGAGGUGGAAAGGCGGGGAGAUUGUUGACGAGUCUGAUAGGACCGGUGAUGGUGGUGAUGAGCAGUAUGCAGGCAUCUUGGAUGGUGCGAACAAGAUAUAUAAGAAUGAAGGAGGGUGGAGUGGAUUGUACACGGGAGUGACAGAGGCGACUGGGAAGGCUGUCGUGGAAUCUUUUGUGUUUUUCUUGUCGUAUUCGUUUCUGCGGCGGAGGCGGUUGCGUGCACGAGGAUUGAAGGCGCAUGCACUCCUCCCGGUCUUGGAUGAACUGGCUGUCGGCUAUUUGGCGGAGGGGUUCAUGAAGUUGAUCACGGCUCCGAUUUCGACUGUGUUGACACAGAAGCAGGUUGAAGGGUUAUCAAAGAAGAAACAACACCCAUCUACGACGAGAGACAUCGUUUCAACCAUCAUUGCCAAAAAGGGCAUCAAGGGUCUCUGGUCUGGCUGCUCGGCGUCCCUCUUCCUCUCGCUGAACCCAUCCAUCACCUUCCUUCUCAGCGAGGUUUUGAAAUUCUCACUCCUCCCCCGGGAAAAAAGGAAACAUCCACCCGCAGCGGCGAUAUUCAUCUUCGCAGUCCUUAGCAAGGCAUUUGCCUCCUCACUAACCUAUCCGUUUUCCAUGGCAAAGACACGUGCACAGGCCGCCGCUACCUCUACCCCUGCCUCCACAGCACCAGCACAACCACCCUCACCACAACCUACAGUCCUCCACACCAUCUACUCCAUCGCCCGCACCGAGGGCCCCACCGCCCUCUACGCAGGACUAACCGGCGAUGUCCUGCGCCGCUUUUUCAGCCACGGCAUCGCCAUGCUCGCCAAGGACAGCGUGUACGCGCUCAUCGUGCGCUGCUACUAUAUGCUCCUGGUGCUGCUACGGCGGUAUCCAUCACCGGAGGAGUUGCUUGCCAGAGCCAAGGAGCGGGCGGGGGAGCUUGCGGAGUCGACGGGUGAGACGGUGGGGGAGUUGGCGAGGAGUGUCAAGGAGAGGGCUGGGGAGGGGGUGGCGGAGGUUAAGAGGAAGGUUGUGGAGGAAGUGUAUUCGAGUGAGGUGGCGGAGAUGGUGGGGGAGUAUGUGGAGGAUGAGGCGGAGGAGUGGAGGACUUUGUAUAGGUGGUUUUGGGAUAAGGGGAAGUCGUCGUAG